AUGACCGCCCUCCACCACACAUCCGAUGCCGCCGCCGAUGCAGCGCUCCUCGACAUGCUUACAGGUCCCAAUCCACGGGCAGCCAAGUCUGCAUUCGCUCGCCGCGAUGCAGCUCUCGACCCCCUCCUGAUAGCAGCCGCCUUUGCAUCGGGCCCUCACGUCACCAGAAACCAUUACCAUCAUGAUUUCUUUCCUGGCGUAAUGCUCCCCAAGGCCGAGGGUGCAUGGGACUGGACAAAGUACACCGGUGAAGACGCCUCCAAACCACCUCGCAAGAAGUACGCCUAUGUCAGCCGGCAAGGUCCCCGCAGGCAGCGUCUUGCCAGUUCAGAAGAGACCAAGGAGAACGAUGAACCUCGUGAGACCGAGCCUCUAAAGCCGGCCGACAAUCUCCCACUCCCGUCCAAGAAGCGUCGGUCAUCCGUGGUAGCCGUGGCUAGUGCUACUAUUUCCGACGCCACAUCCCGCCACAGAUCGCAGAGCAUUCUGGGAUCGGCUCAAAAGACAGAUACUUCCCUACCCCCACUCGAAGUCAGAUGCAUGGCGCGGACCCGUAUACCCACCCCGCACGGUCCCGCAUUUUUGCACCUAUACCACAAUAAUCGCGACUCCAAGGAGCACCUUGCCAUUGUAAUCGAUCCCGCUCAACUGUCGGAUUCUCCCAACUCCAUUCCCGUCGCAUCACCUAUCCGGUCACGUUCUCUGGACUCGGUAUGGAGUGAAACGGAAACCGAAAUGGAUCGCAUUAUCCGGGGCGCCUACGUCGGCCGACUGUCCUCAGCGUCACAGCAAGCUUCCACGCCAUCCAGUGAACCCCCGCACUCAAGAUCCUUGGGAGGCGUCAUUCCCCCACCCCUGAUCCGAAUUCAUUCUGAGUGCUUCACCGGGGAAACCGUGGGUAGCAUGCGAUGUGAUUGCGGUGAGCAGCUCGAUGAAGCCAUCCGACAAAUUUCCCUGCCCAUUUCUCUUCCCUCCACCCCUUCGAAUCCCAGCGGGACGAUGAUUCCAGGGCGCGGUGCGGUCAUCUAUUUGCGUCAAGAGGGCCGCGGGAUCGGGCUUCUGUCGAAAAUACGUGCCUACAACCUGCAGGAUAUGGGCCACGACACCGUUACCGCGAACCUGAUGCUCGGCCAUAAAGCGGAUGAAAGAGGCUACGAAAUAGCUGGUGCUAUUCUAAGAGACCUUAGCCUCGGGACGGACCCUUCGACGUCGUCUAUUUCGGAGGGUGUUCGUGUUCUGACGAACAAUCCGGAUAAGGUCGAGGCGUUGAAGCAGGAGGGUGUCCGCGUAGCGGAACGGGUACCCAUGAUUCCUCGCAGCUGGCAGCAACGGAAAGCAGCCACAGAUGCGACGGCCGCCCACGAUCAUGCCCACAUUAUCGUUGCUGACUCGAACGAUGUCGCAGGCGCUACGAUGAUUGGAGGAAAGGCCGUUCACGGCGAGGAUCUCGACAAGUACCUGCGAACAAAAGUAUUGCGGAUGGGCCAUAUGCUGCCGUUGUGGAUGGAGGAGACUGAGCUUAUUAUCUACUAA